CUUUCCAUAACAAACUGCCAACGUACACCAGCAAAAUGGCUGACCAGCAGAAAAUAAAACAUUUGCGAGAAAAAAUAAGCACUUGGGACCAAAGGACAACAUCAAUGGCACCACUGUCGGAAAGGCAAAAAGACAGUUAUAUGGAUCUGACAUCACAUGCAUCAAAUAGACCAUUACCAAUCGAGCUACCAUUAGAGGAAGCAGGCAGCUUUUCUCAGCAGUUAUCUCUGGUCUCCACUCCAAGCCUCUCUCACAGCGGAGAUUCUCUGGCUGAGGGCUUCUCUUCACUUGGCAUGAAGGAUGACAAAAUUGAGAAUGCACAACAGUUCUUUGACUGGUUCAAUAAAGUGGAGAGUCAGAUGGAGCAGGAAGAAGAGUUGUGCUACAGGUCUUACUGUGAUCAGCUGAGUCAGUAUAAAGAACAAUGUGAUCUUGUGAUGGAGGAGGUCUCAACAGCAUUAGAUCAGCUCAAAGACCUCAAACAGCAGUACGUUCUGGUUGCCACAAAGACCAAUGCUCUACAUGAAGCUUGUGAACAGUCAAUGGCAGACCAGACAAUGUUAGUGAACAAGGCUGAAGCCAUCAGCUGUAAGCUCGACUACUUCAAUGAACUAGAAAGGAUAAAUCAGAAACUGAGCUCGCCGACAUUUGCAGUCACCAAUGACUCGUUUGUCCCUCUCCUGUCCAAGUUGGAUGAAUGUAUUGCUUAUAUCAUCGGCAAUCCCCAGUACAAGGAGUCUGAGCUGUUCCAGGCCAGGUUUAAGCAAUGUUUGAGUAAAGCAUUAACUCUUAUCAAGGCUGCAGUCUUCACUAUUCUCAAUGGAGCUACACAACAGGUGGUCCCAAAGGAUGUGACUAGUACAUCAGAGAAUGCAUUUACUCUGUUCUAUGGAAAGUUCAGAAGCAAUGCUCCUAAGAUCAAAGCCUUGAUGGAACAGGUAGAACAAAGGCUAGACAAAACAUCUGAGUACACAACCUUACUGGAUGACUGCUUACACUGUUACUUCAGUAAGAGAUAUCAGCUCUUGAUGCCUAGCAUACAGAUGGCUGUAUCAGAGCUUGCUACCAAGCAUGCCAGGGAUCACUGCUCUCUUGUUCGGAGUGGUUGCGCUUUCAUGGUGCAUGUCUGUGAGGAUGAGUAUCAACUCUUCUUUCAUUUCUUCUCAAAGUCAUCAGAAAAACUGGAUGCGAUGUUGGAGCAGCUUUGUAUGAGUCUGUACGAUGUCCUACGUCCUCUCAUCAUCCAUAUCAACCACCUUGAAACCCUGGCUGAACUCUGCAGUAUCCUCAAAACAGAGAUGCUUCAAGAUCAUGUACAAGCCAAUCCGAAUGAACUGGGUGCCUUUGCUGCCGUUGCCAAUCAGAUGCUAGAGGAUGUCCAGGAGCGGUUGGUAUACAGGUCAAGUGUUUACAUCAAAUCUGAUAUCCUCAACUACAACCCAGCUUCAGGAGACCUUGCAUACCCGGAGAAACUAGAAAUGAUGGAGAGCAUAGCAGAGAGCCUGCGAGAGCAAAGGCUAAAUGAUUCACGGAGGAACUCUGGUGAUUCGAUUGGAUCAGCGACAAGUCAUGAGGUAGCGGCUCUCAACCAAUCAGGAUCAGCAUUGAUGAGCGGUCAGACCACGCCCCCUGAGGGUAUGAGGUCAACGGUCAUGGCACCUAUAGGUUCUGGUGCAGGCACUGCUACCAUCCAUGUCAAUGCUUCCCUCUCUCCUGCUGACCUACAUGGUAUGUGGUAUCCUACAGUCAGACGUACCUUGGUGUGCCUCUCCAAGCUCUACAGGUGUAUAGACAAAUCUAUCUUUCAAGGUUUAUCACAAGAGAUUCUGCAGUCCUGUAUUCAUUCUCUCAAUGUGGCUUGUCAAGGCAUCACAAAGAGAAAGACCCAACUCAAUGGGCAGCUCUUCCUGAUCAAGCAUCUACUCAUUCUCAGAGAGCAGAUCGCACCAUUCCAGGUGGAAUUCUCCAUCAAAGAGACUGGAUUAGAUUUCAGUACAUUGAAAGCUGCUGCAUAUGGUAUGUUCCAGAAACCGAGAGGUCUGUUUGUCCUUAGUAGCAACAAUUCCUUCCUGGAGUUCCUCUUUGAGGGUGCACCUCAGGUGACGGAGCACUAUGUGGAUUCCAAGAAAGAUGUAGAUCACCAGCUGAAAUGUACUUGUGAGGUAUUCAUCAAACAUGUCACCGACCUCCUGGCUUCAGAGCUCAUCGCAUUCCAGAAGAAGGCUCAAGUGAUCGUUGAUCUUAAUGAAGAGGAGAGUGGAGCUAGCGUGUCCCUUCGAAGUCAGCCAUUUGCAAGUCCAGAGCGUGUUCAUGAGGUUGUAGGGGCGUCUUACAAGCAGAUCAAGACUCAAUUACCCAAGGUCUUUCAAAGUAUGUCUCUAUAUUUGGCGAAUAAAGAUACAGAGUAUAUUCUCUUCAGACCUAUCAAAGCUGGGGUGCAGCUUGCCUACCAGCAGGUGGAGGAGCUGGUGAAAAACAACUACUCAGAAGAAGAUCAACAGAUCAUAGCAUGUCCAUCUAAAGAACAGGUGAAUCUGUUUCUAGCUGCAUCUCCCUGAGCCUCAAGACAGAUCAAGACCAGCGUACCGACAGAAUGAAUAUUUCCCAUCUCGAUGCCAGCCUCCUGCGGGUCCUAGCGAGACAGAUCUUCAGUCUUCUCUAACUAGUGAAGCUCCUCAUCCUGGACAAUCAACUGAUGGUUGUGUAAACCCAUUUACUGCCCUAACCGAGUAGCUCAUUUAUUAAGUCUAUCAGAGUUAGAGAAGUCAGUAGUCAACCAGUUAAGAUUCAUGUUCAUGUACAUCAUCCAUUGGUUAAGUGUUAAUGGUUUUAAGUUUUGUAAUCGCAUGGAAAUAUUUCUCACAAUCUUAAAAUUUGGCUGUAGUUUAUUGGGUAAUAACUGUUUGUAACUGUGAUAUGAGAAGCUAGGAGAGAGAAAAUAUGCUAAAAUAGACCAGGACCUCAAAGUAAGGUUUAGAAAUACAAAAUUCUUGCUCCUUGACAAACUAGUGCAUUUCCUUAUUAUGUGGGGUACGGUACAUGUACAGUAUAAUGGGCUAAGUGGGGGUACUAUUUACCGAUAUUUUGGUGAAUGUAUCGAGAGCUGUUGUAAUUGCAAUACCCCCUUUCUAUUUUGUUUGAUUUGUGUUGUCAAAUGUGCAUUAUUUGUUUUGUGUGUCACAUAUUAAGCACAGGUUGUCUGUUGAGAGCCAGAGGGGGGUUAACACUGUGUUAUACAAACUAGGUAUUAUGGUAGUUAAUGCUCUUCUGGCUCCAAACAGACGAUAUCUCAUUAUUAUUCACAUCCCUUAUUUCCAAAGCCAUGUUAUUUUUCACUGAAUCGCAUUGAAAAACACCCCUUUAGGGGGCGUUUCACUAAACUUGUCACCAGUGACAAACGACAGUUUUUGUUAUAAGCUACUGAAAUCCUUGCUUGUGAUUGACUAUCAGCAGAUUUGUCACUGAUUUUGAGUAAUUUGUCAUUGAAAAAAGGAUUUGUGAAACAGGUCUCUGAUAUGGUUAAGUUUUGAAUGGAAGCAUUGCAAGGUCUCGUCCAUGUCCUUUCUUCUUACAUACAGAUAUCAUCUUGAGUAGGCAUGGAGGUAUUACUUUGAGCUUAGAUAUUAUGACCAAACUCCUCAUCCCUCCAAUAUUAUUUUGCUUGUUCAUAGAAUAUAUGUAUUUUCUUGAUUUUAUGGAAGAUGGACAUUUUAAAGUGUACAAAUCACCUGAAAAGUACAGAUUUGUGUACAGAUGGAAUGCUUAACAUCAAACUCAAUUUUUUUUUGUGGCAGUCUAUAUUUUGUAAAGGGAAAUCCAACCCAAAUAGACAACUACUCUAAAAGA